AGACGCCCAGAGAUUUCAGUUCAGUGAAUGAUCAGGUGUAUAAAAGCGAGAGGUUCCAGAAGAACGACUGAAACGCCGCAGAGACCGAGACGCUCAGAGCUGAGGAACACAGUAUUCUUCAUUUACACAGGCGUCAGGAUCUUUCGAAACAUCUCUACAAAAGUCAUGAUCUCUCUGAGCAGCUGUCAAACUCUUCUUCUGAUUGCGAUCUGCAGUGUUUUCUGCUGCAGGACUCUUGCAUUGCCUGCGAUCUCUGCAUAUCCUGACAUCAGAUCAGGCAGUUUAGAUGAAGACGGGGAUGAUGAGUGGACCAGAGAUCCGUCGCUACAGGAUUUAGAGGCGUACAAACUCUUGUAUGAAAUCGCAAACACAGUCGAGAGACCAUCCAGGCAUGCUGACGGGUUAUUCACAAGCGGAUACAGCAAACUGCUCAGUCAACUCUCUGCUAAAGAAUACCUGGAGUCUCUCCUGGCAAAGAGAGUCAGCGAUGAACUGGGUGUGGAGCCAGUCAAACGUCAUUCAGACGCCGUCUUCACCGACAACUACAGUCGAUACCGUAAACAGAUGGCUGCGAAGAAAUACCUCAACUCGGUGUUAGCCGGAAAGCGGAGGUGAUGUACUUUUCCUGUGCUCUUUAACAUGUGUAGGUGAUGGACGGCACUUCUUCAGGCCUCUCUGAUGUUAUAUACUCCAGCUUACAGACCUGUCAUGAGCUCACACACAAUACAAAACAACCAACACAACGCCAUCUUAACGAAGCACUUGAACAAAUAUCAUUCUGACCUUUCCUUGAUUUGUUGCUAUAUGGAGAUAAUGCUACUGUCUACAAAACUCUACUUUACCUGCUACCAUUCUUGAUGACUCAAAUCGAAACAAUAAAAAACAUUUGAGAAAUUUAUUUGGUGUCACUGUUAUUUCUGAUGGCUAAUUUU